GCUUUCGUCCAUCUUCCUGACCUGUAAUCCUUUCCUUUCCUGUUCCAGUGGGAGGAAGAGAGAGCCAGAGAGGGAGAGCAGAGAGAGUCCGGCUUGUCAUCCUCUUGGUGCCCUGCCCACCUGGUCUGGCCACCACCUCCCCCACACACUCACAGCAUCUUGCUUUUCCCUUCCGACGGUGGCACUCUUUCAUCCGCCAGGCCAGGUGCCCAGGUCCUCCCAGGCUCCCAUCACCCUCCAAGUUUGGCCGGCCGGCCGGCCGUGAGAAACCAAACCAAACCAAGCCCCCUUGCCGAACCCCCCCUGCCGCGCAUUGCUCCAAGAACCCGCCCACCCGAUGCGACCCGCCCCAAGAUUCCGGCUCACGACGGCGCCAGGUGCUCUUGCUCCAGCGCCGACUCAUCCGGCGGUGGAGGCCUGAAUGAAGUGAGGCUCCGCCUCGUCGCCUCGGCUGCUCUGGGUUACGUAGGCCCAUUCAAUGGGCGCGCUCCGGGCGAUGCUCCUCCGCCGCUUGGCGCUGCUCGCCGUGGCCGUGGCCGUGCCCACGGUCACGGCGGCGGCGGCGCCGCCCAGCGAGGUGGCCGUGGGCGCGCUCUUCACCUACGACUCCACCAUUGGCCGCGCCGCGCGUCUCGCCAUGGAGCUCGCCGUCGACGACGUCAACGCCGACCGCACCGUCCUCGCGGGCACACACCUCAGCUUGCUGUUCCAGGACACCAACUGCAGCGGCUUUCUUGGCACCAUCGAAGCAUUGCAGCUAAUGGAAAGAAAUGUGGUUGCUGUUAUUGGCCCGCAAUCCUCUGGGAUAGGCCAUGUCAUCUCCCAUGUUGUUAAUGAGCUACAUGUACCUCUUCUAUCAUUUGCGGCUACAGAUCCAACUCUUUCUGCAUCAGAGUAUCCGUACUUCAUCAGGACAACCAUAAGUGACUACUUCCAAAUGAAUGCCGUUGCUAGCAUUGUUGAUUACUAUCAGUGGAAAGAGGUGACUGCUAUAUUCGUUGAUGAUGAUUAUGGGCGAGGUGGUGUGUCCGCCCUUGGUGAUGCGCUUGCAGCAAAGAGGGCAAGGAUUUCAUAUAAAGCAGCCAUUCCUCCAAAUUCAAAUACAGAUGUGAUCAACGAUGUACUGUUUAAAGCAAAUAUGAUGGAAUCAAGGGUCAUGGUUGUGCAUGUCAAUCCUGACACAGGGAUGAGAAUAUUUUCUGUUGCUAACAAGCUCCAAAUGAUGGCCAGUGGCUAUGUCUGGAUAGUAACUGAUUGGCUAGCUGCUGUCUUGGAUUCCUCAAUGCCUAGAGAUCGUAAAGAUAUGAGUCAUCUUCAGGGACUAAUUGUUCUUCGCCAGCACACUCCUGAAUCUGAUGCCAAGAAAAAGUUCAUAUCUAAAUGGAAUAAUGCAGCUCGUAAUAGAAGUAUUACUUAUGGCUUGAACUCUUAUGGUUUUUAUGCUUAUGACUCAGUUUGGGCUGUUGCUCGUGGUAUCGAUCAAUUUCUCAAUAGUGGGCAGCAGAUCAACUUUUCUCCAGAUCCAAUGUUGCAUGAUUCUAAUGGCAGCACUUUGCAUCUAUCAACUCUCAAGAUAUUUGAUGGUGGUGAGCAGAUGCUACAGCAACUUCUGCUCACAAAUUUUACAGGCCUAACUGGUCCAGUCCAAUUUAAUUCAGAUCGCAAUUUGGUACACCCAGCAUAUGACAUCCUAAACCUCGGUGGUUCUGAAUCCCGGUUGAUUGGCUAUUGGUCCAAUUACUCAGGCCUCUCUGUUGCUCCUCCUGAAAUUUUGUAUCAGAAGCCACCAAAUACUUCUUCACUUGUCCAGCGGCUCCACAAUGUGGUUUGGCCCGGUGAUUCCACCACUACUCCUAAGGGGUGGGUUUUCCCGAACAAUGGCCAGCCUCUAAGGGUUGGUGUCCCAAUCAAACCAAGCUUUAAGGAAUUAGUGGCAGGUGGAAAGGGCCCUGAUAAUGUGACUGGUUAUUGCAUUGAUAUAUUCAAUGCAGCAGUUAAAUUGCUUCCUUACCCAGUUCCAUGCCAAUUCAUAACAGUUGGGGAUGGCAGAAAGAAUCCUAACUAUGAUGCCAUUAUUAAUAUGGUUGCCGCCAAUUCCCUUGAUGCAGCUGUAGGCGACUUUGCUAUUGUGAGAAACAGAACAAAGAUUGCAGAAUUCACACAGCCUUAUAUUGAGUCAGGGCUUGUGAUAGUAGCACCAGUGAAACAAGCAACUUCAAGUGCCUGGGCUUUCCUUAAACCGUUCACGUUGGAGAUGUGGUGUGUAACAGGUGCUCUUUUUAUUUUUGUGGGGAUAGUUGUUUGGAUUCUUGAACAUCGGAGUAAUGAGGAGUUUCGAGGCUCUCCACGACGACAACUUAUAACAAUAUUUUGGUUUAGCUUCUCAACAAUGUUCUUUUCACACAGACAGAACACUGUAAGUGCGCUAGGGCGGUUUGUGUUGAUCAUAUGGUUGUUCGUUGUGCUGAUCAUCAACUCAAGUUAUACUGCUAGCUUGACGUCAAUCCUCACAGUCCAACAGCUCGCAACAGGAAUAACUGGAAUCGACAGUUUGGUUUCAAGUGGUUUACCUAUUGGAUAUCAGGAUGGAAAAUUUACCAAAAAUUACCUGAUUGAUGAGCUCAACAUUCCUGAGUAUCGAUUGGUACCACUAAAUACAAUCCAGGAGUAUGCUGAUGCCCUUAAACGUGGACCAAAAGACGGCGGUGUUGCUGCAAUUGUUGAUGAGAUGCCAUAUGUUGAGAUCUUCCUGUCAUACCACUGCAAUUUCAGAAUAGUAGGACAGGAGUUCACCAAGGAGGGAUGGGGCUUUGCAUUCAAGAGAGACUCCCCCCUUGCUGCAGACUUGUCGACAGCCAUCCUUCAACUCUCAGAGAGUGGCCAGCUUCAGAGAAUACACGACGAGUGGUUCACAGGGCCUAGUUGCUCCUCUGAUGACAGCGAAGUGGGAGCAACCAGGCUUGGCCUCGGAAGCUUUUGGGGCCUUUUCCUCGCGUGUGCCCUGAUAUGUCUCUUGGCUCUGGUAGUGUUUUUCAUACGGAUAUGCUGGCAGUAUAACAAGUACUCCAAUUCUGAAGCCGCUGGUGAGCCCAGUGCAGCAGCAACAGCUGCAGCUGCUGCAGCAGCCGCAGAUGUUGCUGCUGCUGCUGCUGCUGCCACUGAUGCUGUGGAAAGACAGCGGAAGCCAUCACGCCUUGGCAGCUUCAAAGAGAUUAUACAGUUUGUCGACAAGAAGGAGGAGGAAAUUAAGAGAACGAUGAAACGAAGAUUAAGCGAGAAAGAUAACCAAGCUGCAGGAUCCUCAGAUAAAGAUAACCAAGCUGCAGGAUCCUCAGAUGCUCAUGCAGUGGCUUCAGCAUAGAGCAUACUUUCCAACUUCAGUCCUUCAGAAGGCAAAGCAUUGAAGCACAUAUACAGAUAACAUACUGAAUUAGGUUCUCUCUCCUCAAAACAUAUAUAGUAUGAUAAUCUAACUAGCUUCAAACAAAAAGGAUUUGUUGUUGCAGUAGGAUGAUCUACGAAACCAUUUUUUAUCAGGGUGAUUAGAAUUUCGUCUCAGAUAUACACGGUUUCUAUACUAAACAAUUGUCCAUGGCAAUUAAAUUCUUUUUCAAGCUGUGCA